CGGAUGCGGACUGCGCCUGCGUGAGCCGGGAGAGUCAGCAAGCAAGCGAGUGAGUUAGACGGCCGCCGUCGCUUCUCUUCCUCCCUCCCGCCUCCCGCCUCCCUCCCCCCUCAGCCAUGGCGGAGCCGCCACUGGCCGCCGCUCCCCCCGCGACACCGCCAUCACCAACGCCGCCAACAGCAGCAGCGCCGGGCAGCGGCGGCUCACAACGCCUCCUCUUCACCCAUGACUUGGUCUCCGGCAAGUACAGGGGCUCGGUGCGCUUCGGCCUGGUCCGCGUCAUGCACGGCGAGGACUCAGACUCGGAGGAGGAUGACGGCGGUGGGGGAGGAGGAGGAGGACGAGGCCCAGCAGCAGGAGGAGGGGGCAGCUCGGCGGGCUCGGAGUCCGGAGGCCCCGGAGGAGGAGCAGGAGGAGGCGGCGGCGGGGAAGAAGGCCGCGGGAGCCCCCUCCGCCGCGGCUACGUGCGUGUCCAGUGGUACCCAGAGGGCAUCAAGCAGCACGUCAAGGAGACUAAGCUGAAACUUGAGGACCGGUCAGUGGUGCCGCGUGAUGUUGUCAGGCACAUGGGCUCACGAGACAGUCAAUGUGGCACUGUUAUCGAUGUAAACAUAGAGUGUGCAGUAAAAUUGGUGGGAACCAACUGUAUUCUUUAUCCUGUUAACAGCAAAGAUCUUCAGAAUAUCUGGCCAUUCAUGUAUGGUGACUGCAUAGCCUAUGACUGGUGGCUAGGAAAAGUAUACGAUCUAAAGAAUCAAAUCAUUCUGAAACUCUCCAAUGGUGCCAGGUGUUCCAUGAGCACAGAAGAUGCCGCAAAACUCUAUGAUGUUUGCCCACAUGUCAGUGACUCAGGCCUCUUCUUUGAUGAUUCAUAUGGAUUUUAUCCUGGGCAAGUUCUCAUUGGUCCUUCAAAGGUCUUCUCAAAUGUGCAGUGGCUUUCAGGAGUGAAGCCUGUUCUCAGUACGAAGAGCAAGUUCAGAGUGGUGGUAGAAGAGGUUCAAGUGGUAGAACUGAAAGUUACUUGGAUCACUAAAAGCUUCUGUCCUGGAGGAACAGAUAGCAUAAGUCCACCACCAUCUUUAAUAACCCAAGAUAAUUUAUCUCGUGUAAAGCGUCUGGGGUGCUUUGAUCAUGCUGAGCGACAACUUGGAGAAAGGUGUCUUUAUGUGUUUCCUGAGAAAGUGGAGCCUGCAAAAAUCACUUGCGAGUGCCCAGAGAGAAACUGUGUUCUAGGAGAAGGAACUAUUGCCAAGAAGGUGGCCUGUCCCUGUUUUGUAUCCAACGUAAAGCCUGAGAAGGUAAGGAAAUUAUUGAAGAAGCAGAUAGUGAAGAUCAUGUCCUGUUCCCCGGAUUCUCAGAGUACCCCUGAUCACACUGAAGGAGAUUCUGCAGCAGCGGGUGACCAACAAGCAGAAGACCUUAAAGCUAGCUCAAAAAGUGAACUACACAAUGAUGUUGCAAGUUUCCAGGAGGGAAAGGAAGAUCACCUUGAUGAAAUGAGAAAAGGGGUGCCUUGCGAAGCAGCUGGGCUGCCAUUGCAACCACCCUUUAUUCUGAAAAGGGAUGAUGGUGCCUCAGACUACAAGCUGCAUUCAUCAGAACAAGAUGCAGAUGACGAAGCAGCGGAUGACACUGAUGACACCAGCUCAGUCACCUCCUCUGCCAGCUCCACAGCCUCCUCUCAAAGUGGCAGUGGCACAGGGCGCAAGAAGAGCAUUCCCCUCUCAAUCAAAAACCUUAAGAGAAAACAUAAGAAAAAGAAAACCAAGGUUAGCCGGGAGUUUAAACCAGGUGACAGGGUUGCUGUAGAAGUGGUCACCACAAUGACGUCAGCUGAUGUAAUGUGGCAGGAUGGCACAGUGGAGAAAAACAUUCGUUCCAAUGAACUGUUUCCUGUCCAUCACUUGGACAACAAUGAAUUUUGCCCUGGUGAUUUUGUAGUAGAUAAAAGAGCCCAGAGUUCUCAGGAUCCUGGGAUGUAUGGAGUCGUACAGUCAGGUGACCACAUUGGCCGCACAUGUGUGGUAAAAUGGUUUAAGCUGAAACCCACUGGAGAUGAUGUUGAGCUGGUUGGAGAAGAGGAGGAUGUGAGUGUAUACGAUAUUGCUGAUCACCCAGAUUUCCGCUUCCGCACUACCGACUUUGUGAUCCGUAUUGGCAAUGCUGAGGAAGGUGCUUCAAUUGGUGAGAAUGAGCCCUCUGUGGGACAGGUGGCUCGUGUGGAUUUCAGCAGCAAAGUGGAGGUGGUGUGGGCUGAUAACUCCAGGACAAUUGUUUUACCACAGCAUUUGUACAAUAUAGAAUCUGAGAUAGAUGAUGAGACAGACCUGGAUUCCAUUGAUGGCAGCACUAGUGGUGCCUCCUCAGAUGAAUGGGAGGAUGAGAGUGAUAGCUGGGAGACCGAUAACGGCCUCAUGGAAGAUGACCAUGCAAAGAUCGAGGAAGUUGAGCCUGAGGAACCCCCUGCAGAAGAGGUGAAAAAGGUGGAAGAACAGGUACAAGGGGCUGUUGCUAUGGCAGUGGCUGACCUAACGACAGAUAAGGCCAGCAAAGAAGGUACCCCAAAGAGCUUCCGAGAGUUGAAGGAGGCCAUCAAGAUCUUGGAGAGCUUAAAGAAUAUGACAGUGGAACAGCUUCUGACAGGAUAUCCCACUUCACCAACUGUAGAACCAGAAAAGCCCACCCGGGAGAAGAAGUUCCUGGAUGAUAUUAAAAAGCUGCAGGAAAAUCUAAAGAAGACUCUGGACAAUGUAGCUAUUGCAGAAGAAGAAAAAAUGGAGUCCAUGGCAGAGGCAGAGAAGAAGGAGGAAAGGGAGACGCAAACACAGACCGCAGGGCCUUCAGAAUGGCCCAGUGAGACACCAGUGCUUUGCCAGCAGAGUGGAGGCAAGCCUGGGGUGACCUUCACCAGUGCCAAGGGAGAAGUUUUCUCUGUGCUGGAGUGUGCCCCAGAUAGCCAUGCUUUUAAGAAAAUGGAAUUCCAACCUCCUGAAGCCAAGAAAUUUUUCAGCACAGUGAGAAAAGAAAUGGCAUUAUUAGCAACCUCAUUGCCAGAUGGCAUCAUGGUCAAAACCUUUGAGGACAGAAUGGACCUCUUUGCGGCACUUGUUAAAGGACCCACGCGCACACCGUAUGAAGAUGGACUCUUCUUAUUUGACAUCCAGCUUCCCAACAUAUACCCAGCUGUCCCCCCUCUCUUCCGUUACCUCUCCCAAUGCAGUGGGCGCUUGAACCCCAACUUAUAUGACAAUGGAAAGGUCUGCGUAAGUCUUCUGGGGACAUGGAUAGGCAAGGGCACAGAGAGAUGGACAAGUAAAUCCAGCCUUCUCCAGGUGCUCAUCUCAAUCCAAGGACUUAUCCUUGUCAACGAACCUUAUUACAAUGAGGCUGGUUUUGACAGUGACCGGGGCUUGCAAGAAGGCUAUGAGAACAGUCGAUGCUACAAUGAGAUGGCUUUGAUCCGGGUGGUGCAGUCAAUGAUGCAGCUGCUCCGCAAGCCGGUAGAGGUCUUUGAGCAGGAGAUCUAUGAGCAUUUCUGUUGCAACGGCUGGCGCCUGGUCCACCGCAUUGAGUCCUGGGUGGAAACAAAUGAGCUGGUGGAAAGGAGUCAUGAUCACGCCUUUGUACACCCAGCAUGUGGAGUCCUGGCUGAGAGCCCCGUAGACAGUACGGGGCCAUUGGGAGAGCAAGAGUUAGGAGCUGCUGCAGCAGCAGGGCCUAUUCCGCUCUCUGAUGGCAAGGAGGAACUGGAAGACUCUGGAUGUGGCAUGUCAACACUGGCCACCAAUGACGUUCAUCAGUAUUCAGACUCUGAGAGCCUGGGCCAGGUCAGAGCAGCACACUUCUCCAGAGACGUAACAGAUGAGGGUAAAGCUUUUCAAGACUCUGCCACUCAGCCUAGCGUGAAACCAAAGAAAAGGAGAAAGAGCUACAGGAGCUUUCUACCUGAGAGGAGUGGCUACCCUGACAUUGGGUUCCCCCUCUUCCCGUUGUCCAAGGGGUUUAUUAAGAGCAUCCGUGGUGUCUUGCAGCAGUACCGGGCUGUCUUAGUAGAGGCCAACAUCCCAGAGUGGACAGAAGACAAAACAUCAGGUUAGGAACAGACAGAUGCACAGAAAAGAAGGGGAAACAGGGAGGACGGAGCUAGCAAACAUUGUUAACAAUAAAUAGACUGACUCACUGCACCCAUUCCUCCUUGGCCUGGUUUGUUAUAAAGAAAGCAGAAGCUCCUAUAAGUCAUUUUUAGACUGGCUCUCCCCUCCGCCUUUCCAGACGCACAGGAUGAUUGAGCAACACUGUAGCCACCCACCACCAACCCAUGUGUAUAUCUUGUUCCCCAUUUGAACUUGACAGUGCAAAGGUAGGAGCCGUAGCCUUUCCAUUCCAGAGCUCAUAGAAAGCUGGAAGCGGAUCCUCUCAACUGCUGUUUGUGUGAAGUGACUCCCUGUUUUCUGUUCAGUUUUCUUGGGUGCUAUGAAUGUUGGUAAUGGCGAUGAUGUUGGGGAAUGCUGGAAGAUCUUUAGUUUAUAUCAGUGAGGAAGACACAAUCCUGCACAUUUCAUCCACCUUCUGACCUGACUUCACUAAAGCCUGUCUGUUAGUAAGCACUGAAUAGCCCAUAUUUCAGCUCUGUAUCCAUUCCUAAUUUUUUUUUGGGGGGGGGGGGGGCUCUAUGUGCCACAUCUGUGUGAGCUCGGGAUAAAUUCUCCAGAAAACCUCAGCAUAGUGUAGCUUGGACUUACCAGAAAAGAGUCACAAUUUAACAGAUGUAUUUGUUCUUCAAAAUACCCAAUAAGCUACAAUGAGGCAGAAAUGUAAGCUGUGCUAGAUGGGGCCCACACUCAGAAUCUUCUCUUUGGCUUCUGGAGGUCAUCUGCUAUCUGUCUUAAGUAUAUAGUUUCUGGAGAGUGUAUCUCUUUCCACUUUGCCUUGAAGGGGAAUAGUGCAUAUAUCAUAGCCCACUACUCUCCUAAAUACAUGAACACUGCUACCAGCUUGACUGCAUACACCUCAGGAUGACACUCAAAAUAAUUGCAUGGUGCAACUCAAGGUGGGCUUUUUUCAGUUUCAGUUUUCACUAGCGUGUUCACAAAGUGGCAUCCCUGUCUGCCUGAUUCACUCUUUCCAUGAUGGACUUGUCAAGCUAAUGCUUUAUAGCAACAAGCCUACACUCUGGUAAUCAGUGGGUCUCUUUAGCACCACAUCUUUUAAGUCAAAUCACAGCUUUUAUUGUGAGCCAGUUACUUUCCCAUAUCUUUAUCCUAGAUUGUGUGUAACUUCCCCCAGCUGUUUCCAUGUGAUGUGACCCAUGCGACUAUGGCAGAGAACCAUGUACUUCAGAUGAGCCACAGUUGCUGGUGUGUUCCUGCUCUUGUAUCCUACGCAGGAAAGCCAUCUGCUCUUCAUCUGGUAUCCCCUAUCCCUCCAUAUUUGCAUGACAUCUUAGUUAGUUACCCUUGUAGUCCCCUAUUCUUUGUUAAUGAGCUAAUAGCAGUCUCCCAUCCUUCUAGUUGGAAUAGUCUAGUUGGAGAUGUCGAGAAAGAAGAUGUUUGAUUGAAUAUUAGUGAGCUAGUUUAUCUUAAUAAUAAUGUGGAUCAUGAUUGGUAGUGGCUCUCUAUUUGGAAGGCUACAGUCUACAAGCCAUUUUGGCCAAGCCAAUCACGGGUCAUAAGAGAAGCCAGUCUAGUAAUAUUUUUCCCACGGUGGCAGAAGAAUCAGGUUGAUGCAAUCAUCCUAUAAGGAUGGCAAAAAAGGAAUUUGGAAGACAGAUUGUGGUCUGUGCCCAGGUCACACUGGGUUAUGUUGAAAGGCAGACAGCGUGUCAUCCCUGAGUGUCAUCCCAUUUCUCAUGGAUAUGUGGCCAUGGCUUCCCAUCCUAUCUGGAGCGAGGAAUAUUUCAUUGAGCUUGUCAAAGGCUUUCAUAGCUGGAAUCACUGGGUUGUUGUGAGUUUUCCAGGCUGUGUGGCCAUGUUCCAAAAGCAUUCUCUCCUGACAUUUUGCCCACGUCUAUGGCAGGCAUCCUCAGAGGUUAACAUCCUCAACCUCUGAAGAUGCCUGCCAUAGACGUGGGUGAAACAUCUGGAGAACGUGCUUCUGGAACAUGGCCAAAUGGCUUGGAAAAUCCACAACAACCCAUUUCAUUGAGAUGUUGACACAUAUUAAAAAAGCAAGCUUUCCCAGACUAACCAUCACAUAGCGAUCUGUCCAGUUCUGAGUGAUGACUACAUUCCCAUUUUUAAUAGAUUAGCAAGCCAGGAAGUAGUGCUCUUGUCAGCAAUGAGCUGGAGGAGCUUUCUUUUUCGUGAGCACAACUGAGCUUUGCCUGAUUUCAUGGAAGGAAGUAUUGUCUCAGAGGAAGAUCUUGCUUUCUCCUUGUCCUCCUAGGGACCUACCUUUUGCAUCAAUCAAGCACUGACCAUAUAUCUUUUGCUGUCAGCCCCUAACAGAGGCAUGCACAGAAGUUUACAUUUUCUCCCUGAUAAGCUUUUGGAUAAUGUGAAGCUCUAAUUAUGCAGUUGCCGGUAAGCACACUGCAGCUAUGUAAGUUUUUUUUUUGGUGUAUGUAUGUAAUAAAGAGUGAAGAAAAUUUCAAAGAGACGAAAAAUUGCUUAAACACACACCGAAAAGCCAAAGCAUGAGGCAUAUUGUUAGUCUUGAGAUGGGCUACAUGAUUGUGAUGUAUAAAUUAAAAUCUCUUAUCUGUUAAGUGCUGGGGUGGGAAGGGGAAAGAAAUUAUUAAAAAAUACAUUUCUAGCCUUGAUUCUGUACAGUAUUUAAAACUGAUGGAGCUAUUAUAUUGGGGCGAUGCUUAGAGGUGUGUUACUUUUGCAGCUGUGAAUGCUUGGUUGCUUACAAUAUAUGUAUAAAGAUAUUGUGUGAUCUUUUUUUUUUACUUGCAAAUUUUGUUUGGCUAAUUAAGAUGUAGAAAUAAAGGAGAGAAAGUGGCUUGCCAUUA